AUGAGAUUACAGACACUGUACACUCUCAAAUUCUUUAACCCCGCCAACUACUACUUUCCCACACGUAACGAUAUCUCGUACACUUGUAAUCUGCCAGUUGGGUCCAUCUCGACGUCACUGGCCAAUUGUCUGAGACCAUUGUCGAGUGCCGAGAGAAUUGGUGUCGAAGCCAAUAUCCUGGCCACCGGUAUCACCGCCUUUCAAUUGCCUAUGGUUGCCAGUCCCGGUGCCAUAGCCAACGCAUCGGUCGUGACCCUCAUGAUCAAUAUCAUUCCACCAACUCCACCACCCAUCUACCAAGUGUCUGGUCGAAUCUUUAUCGAUCGAUUCGCCUGGAACGAUGUUGCAUCGUCUGCCAACACUGGAUUCGCCAUCAAUAUCACUGUCUAUGACAAGACUGGUGCCUAUAUUGGCGCAGCAUCGACCAACAUGGAUGGAAAGUACGCGCUGUCGUUGCUCCGUGGCGAGACGUACAAGAUCGUCUUCCAGAUCCCCGACACCCACAUCUCGACCGGCACAGCCACCACCUUCUUUGCCUUUGAGUCGGCCAUCUACAACAUUGGUAUCAUCCAAAAGGCCAACACUGGCAAGACGCUCAGAAACUUUGAUCCAGUCUCUUUUGCCGUCUCAUGCUUUGUGGUUGGAUCGCGUAGCGGACCCAAUGCAGAUCUGCCCGCCAUGGUCUCGAUCAGUGCCAACGCUGUUGGCAACGGAUACGACGCUAGCGGAUCGAAAUUCGUUACCAAGCUCAGCAAACACUUCCAAGUCGGUGCGGUAUCUGGUAUCGUCUAUGAACCAACCUCACGUAACCUCUAUGCCUCUGCCCUCUGGAAAUACAAUGCCGAUUUCGGGCCAGCUGGCCCAUGUGGUAUCUAUAUGAUUGACUAUCUCGAGUUGGAUGGCUCGGGUGCCAACUCGAUCUAUGCAGACCUGUCAAUCAUCUUUGGCGACAAUAACUACUGCGGUCCCCAGAAAUCGCACAACUUUACAGACCGUUACCAGGAAGCUGCUAUGAACAUGGCUGGAAAGAUGUCGUUUGGUGGUAUGACCACCGACUAUCGUUUCCUCUAUGUUGCCAAUUUGUAUAGACGUGAGAUCAAUGUAAUCCCACUCUUUGAAACACCCAAUGCUGCCAAUGUGCGUAGUAUCCCUGUUCCCAACCCUGGAUGUGCCGAUGCUCGCGACUGGCGUAUUUUUGCCGUUACAUUUGACCACGGCGCUCUCUACGUGGGUGGCGUGUGCUCUGGCGAGUUUGGCGGUGCGCAAUCCAUGGGUACUUAUGUUCUCCGUUCGAGCGAGUCCAAGUGGCAGAUUGUCGUGUCGUUCCCGUUGACAUUUGCUCGUGGCUGCACCAACUAUGACGGCGGCAAGUGCGAUCCAGCCGAGUGGAGUCCAUGGAGAGCUGGUCUAACCCAACAACCACAACUAUCGGGUAUCUACUUUAACACCAAGGGACGUAUGAUCCUGUCGUUCCGUAACCGUAUCGGUGACAAUGCCAAGGGUAUCAACCCUGCACUCGACAUGCUUAUCCUCUGUCUCGACAUUACCGGUAACUGGGUACUCGAAUACAACGGCAAGUGUGGCAAGGUUGCCGGCUACACACAGUCGCGUUUCGGACCGGGCGGUGGCCACUUUUUCAACACUGAGCUCAUCGGCACUCACCAAUAUGCGUCCAGUCUGUUCACUGCACAUGCCGGCAGCAACGACCUUAUCGUCUCGUCGGGCUACGACUAUGUCGACUACUACACUGGCUCGCUCAGAUGGUUCAACGCAUCCACUGGCCAAGUCGUCAAGGGAUUCCAAGUGUACAACUCGGGUGCUGGCGUUGGCGGCUUUGACAAGACAUUUGACAAGGCCAACGGACUCGGAGACAUUGCCCCCAUCUACCCUGCAUCGGCCAUCAACCAAUGCGGACUCUUUUACACUGGUCGUGUCUGGAACGACACCAACGGCAAUGGUAUCCAAGAUGCUGGCGAGAUGGGUAUCUCCAACGUCAAGGUAAUCAUGGGCUCACCACAUCCAUCGACUUGUAUCACCGAUCAAAACGGUUACUUUACAUUCUCUGGAAAGUCAUCCUCACCUCACGCUGUCUACAUCACUAUCAACGAACUCGCCCGUCGUCUCACCGGACCCUACAAACUCUCACCAAAGUCUGAAUGUGAUGCCGACGUAACUGCAUUUGGCUACCAAACAUCUCUAACCUCUCCAGCUUUUGGUGGUUAUUAUUUCAACAAAUUCUUGUUUGGUAUCACUUGGAAAUAA